CCACGGCCAUUAAAGUUCACUCAUUAACCUUAAGUGGCAGAAUCAGACCAAUGUCACUGUCUCGGCCAGCGGGUGGUACUAUAUAAGAGGGGACCCCUGAGCCAGAACCCAAAAAAUCCUGUCUUUCAUCCGUUUGCAUCGAGACCCAAAAACACACAGUCAUGUCAGGAGCCGCUGUGUCCGUGUGUCUGCUGAGCCUGCUGUCCGUCUGCUCAGCCUGCUACAUCUCCAACUGCCCCAUCGGGGGCAAGAGGUCCCUGGAGGAAUACGCCUCACACAAGUGCAUGUCCUGCGGCCCCGGGGACAAAGGCCGCUGCUUCGGCCCCAGUAUCUGCUGCGGCGAGCGGCUGGGCUGCUUCGUGGGCUCCCCGGAGACGGCGCGCUGCCUGGAGGAGAACUACCUGCCGUCCCCCUGCGAGGCUGGAGGGAAAGCCUGCGGGUCUGAGGAGGGGCGCUGCGCCGCACCGGGGGUGUGCUGCGACUCAGAGGGCUGCAGCCUCGACCAAUCAUGCGUAGCCGGGGACGGUGAAGACGGCCAGGCCGGCCAAUCAGAAAGCAGCAACCCCGGCCUGGGAGCAGAGUUCCUGGUGAGGCUCCUGCACCUGGCUGGCCACGCCCCUCCACAUCGGCUCCACCAAUGAGUUUCCAGGGACGUACAAUCAAUCAGCGACAUAAAUAAAAUAUACCCCUGUAUAAUGUCUACAUUGCAAAUGGAUGUAAAUCUGUGUAUAAAACAUUCCAAUGAUCGCGGCAUAUAUUGUAAAUUACAGGAGGUGGGGAAAGACCUCUAAUUAAUAAAGACCUGAUAAUGA